AUGACGUCGGCAGACGCUGCCGUGGGCACCCGGUCCUGCUCGGCAGUUCCGAGACGCCGCCUCUCGCCGCUGCGAUCACCGCCCACACCCGGUCCCGUGAGCACGGCCCCAACCAAACCGCAUUCUACCUCCGCCUACCACAGCCCCACACCCCGGCCAGCGGCGGACCCCGACGACCGGCGCCCCGCCGCUCGCAACUACCCCGGACGACGUCCACCUGCUCCAGCCUUGCCGGCCAGGCCUCCCCUUCUCACCGAAGAGGGUGGCGUGGGCUCCUACUCAAGGGAACGUUCCUCAGCCUGCACCCGAGAGGGCCCCGCUGCGACCCGGGCGUGCGCCGACGCCGCCCCGCGCGCCAGCGAUAGGUCCGGGCCGGCGACCCGCGGCGCGGGGCGGGGAGAGGAGGCCGGCGCGCAGCUGCGCUCGCUCGUCCGCGCCGGUCUGGUCGCCGGCGCCGCGGGGACCGCGGAGGAGCUGCGGCUGGAGGCGGCGCUGGCGGCGCUGCAGGAGCAGCUGGUGAGGACCGAGCGCGGGCGCGGGGGAGAGGGGGCGGCGGGCGUUCGUGGGCGAGAGGGCUUCUACGAGCUGAGUGACGGCGGCUCCUGCUCCCUGUCCACCUCCUGUGCCUCUGUCUGCAGCGACCGCGUCUCCCCCUCCCUGAGCAGUCUGCUGCCUGCGGCCCAGCCCGCCAAGGCCAGGCCCUGUGUGGGGGACUGGCGGCCCCGGUCGGCAGACGAGACCUCCGUGCCAGUGUGGAGACCCCAGGCCACCGAGGACGGCAGCAGGCCCCCGGGCACUGCAGGGGGCACAGGCCAGCCAUGGGGCACGUUCCGGCCCAGGCCGGUGUCCACAGGUGACCUCGACAGAACCCUGCCGGCGGACGCGCGGCUGCAGAAGGCCGGCACAGACCCCCGGGCCCCGCCGCUCCUUUGCCAGGGCACAGACGCCCCGCCCCACACGCAGGACCCCCAGUACCAGCGGGACCUGGUGUCGCAGGGGGGCAGGGAGGUGUACCCGUACCCCAGCCCCCUGCACGCGGUGGCCUUGCAGAGCCCCCUGUUUGCUCUGGCGCCAGACAGCACACGGAGCGAUGGCCCCUCGCCCCCUAGGAAGCCCCUUCAGGGCCCCGCAGGCAUCUGCUCCGCCCAGACCGGACCGGUCCUGGAGGCCGGCACAGCCAGAGCCUACAUCGACAGGCUGCUGCGUCUGCGGGGCUGCGGGACCCCCACAAGGGGUGGUGUGGGUGAGCAGGGUCCCCCUCGACGCGAGGUGUCCCCCUCCCCCCGGGAGCCGGGCGGCCAGAGGACGGACAGUGAAGGUCGGCUCCAGAAGCUGGUCUCGGGCCCAGGGAGGGCGGCCGGUGGAGGCAGCCCCCCGCAGCAGGGACCUACAGCCCUCGUGGGCACCCAGCACCCCAGCAACCUCCCAGAGGAGGGGCCCGGACCCUCCAGCCGCUGUGUCCUGGGGGAGACCACUGCGAGCCCCUCACCCUGCUCCCAGGCCCGGCAGCCUCCCUCAGUUGUGCCACCGUCCCAGCGGGUGGACAAGAGCCACCCUCUGGGCUCAGGGCCCUUCCCUGCCAGGGAGGCUUCCCUGCCCAGGCUGAACAUGGGCCACCCCACGGCAAAGGCCGAGAGGACCAGGAGGAGGCCCAGUGACCAGGCACUGAGGUCUGGGAAGCAGGUGCCCUCGGCAGCAGAGAGACAUCGGGGUGCCCACGCAGCGCCCUGGCUCCCCCCAGAAUGGGACCCUACCCGCCGGGCCCAGGGGGCGGGUGGGCUCGGGAGGCCCACCCUGGCCAGGGAGGUGCCCGGGCGCUCCUGCUCUGAGUCCACCCUCUACCCGGUGCCCUUCCUCCUGCCCCUGGUGGUGGCUCCGGGGCAGGGGUGCGGGGCGGCCCACGCCCUGUUCCCCUUGGGGGCCGCCCCUCUCGGUGGGAUGGCCAGAAGGAGGCAGCGCCGGUGGCAGUCCACCGUGGAGAUCUCAGCUGGGGCCCGCCCGGCCCGCUGUCCCGAGCCCAGCCCGGGCACCCCCAGGCCCACCGCCAGGAGAGCAGGCGGCCCCCGGGCCCAGGGCAGGCCCUCGCUGGCCCGCCAGGACGCCUGCACCAGGAGCGAGUCGGACCCCUCUGAGCCGUCCACGGACUGUGCCUCGCCGCUGCACUCCACCGCCGCGGAGACCAGCGGGGAGGAGGCGAGCGACCACACCGCCAACCGCUUUGGGGACCGAGAGUCCGGCGGCAGCGACUCGGAGGGCGGCGUCCGGAGCCGUGGCCGCGGCCGGGCGCUGGACUGUGGCGUGGCCGGGCGGGGGCAGUGGGCCUGGCUGCCGGCGGGACCCCCAGCGGGCUCACGGCCACCCCUGCCCCCCGUGCCCAAGCUGUGCCGCGUCAAGGCCUCCAGGGCGCUGAAGAAGAAGAUCCGCAGGUUCCAGCCGGCCGCGCUGAAGGUCAUGACCCUGGCCCGGCUAAGACAGCAGGACGUCGGCCUGGAGACCCACUUGGACCAGCUGGGCCAGCAGAUCAGCCAGCUGCAGCUGGACGUGGGCGCGUCCCCCGGAGAGGCCCUGGACAGCGACAGCCGGCCCAGCUCAGGCUUCUACGAGCUGAGUGACGGCGGCUCCUGCUCCCUGUCCACCUCCUGUGCCUCUGUCUGCAGCGACCGCGUCUCCCCCUCCCUGAGCGGUCUGCUGCCUGCGGCCCAGCCCGCCAAGGCCAGGCCCUGCGUGGGGGACUGGCGGCCCCGGUCGGCGGACGAGACCUCCGUGCCGGUGUGGAGACCCCAGGCCACCGAGGACGGCAGCAGGCCCCCGGGCACUGCAGGGGGCACAGGCCAGCCAUGGGGCACGUUCCGGCCCAGGCCAGUGUCCACAGGCACCGAGCUCCUCACGGCCUGUCCCUCACUAACGCUGCAAGCUGUCCCCGUGCACGCCACGGCUGCCGGGGCCGACGAGCGCAAUGCAGAUACUGAGCGGGCCUUUCCCUGGAUGCAGAGUCACCCGGCCGGAGCCAUGGACUUCACGCCGCGGCACGGGUGGUACUACGACAGUCUGCACCGACAGCCGCGCCGGGCCUCUCCCCUGGGACUCCGCUUCUCUCGCGAGGACUCUUACAAAGCGAGGGGGUGA